GCGGAGCUCCGUGGCCGUCAUUGCGCGCACUGGAAGCGCUCGUACUCCCCACGCAGCCGCUUUUAUAAAGCGCUAAAUACGAAUAUUUGGAUAAAUACGGAAAAAAGCGGAGCCUCCACCUCGCAGGCGAGAAGACUUGACGCGUGUCCGUGGAGCUGCGCGGACCUAACCGAAGCGCAGGGGAUUUUACGCACGGUUUUACGCACGGCUUUGGAGCGAGACAUAAGAAGAGAAAGCAUGGCGCUGACAGGAGUGAUGCUGCCUUCCUUCUCCACCUUCAGCAACCCGACAUGGGAACACAGGUGGAAAGCCGAAAGUGACACUGCCUCCGGUGGCUGCUCCAUGCUAGAGACGAGUCCGUGUCCCAAAAAGGACGAGGAGGACCUGAGCAACUACUUGGACCUGGAUUUUAUUCUGGCCAACAGCACCGCCGCCUACGUGGCUCCGGCCGACCCGGGGGUGUACGCCGAGGAGCCGGCCUUCUCCCCGGCGCCCGGCGAGCACCGCUCCCCGCCGCCGCCCUACGGCGCCAGCCUCAUGGCCGAGCUGAUGCGCUCCGAACCCGGCGGAUACCCGGCCGCAGGCAGGUUUUACGUCAACACCGCGCAUUUCCCGCGCCAGGACAUUAAGGUAGAGCCCAUGGAGAGCUACGGCAUGGCGCCUCAAAGCUGCGGCAAAAUCAAGCAAGAGGGGAACGUUUCGUGCAUGAUGUCCUUCGAGCAGCCCCGGGCCGCCAUCUCCCCCUUGACGCCCCCGCUCAGUCCGGACGAGCAGGCGGCUUCGGACAUGAGCUGCUACAAGUACCACCACAACCCGGCCUCCUUCCACCACAUGCACAUGGCCUACCACGGCGGGCGCCACCCGGCCUUCGGCGUGUACGACGACGCCCUGGGCCUGCAGCCGGGCGCCCAGCGGAUGCUCACCCCUCCGUCCUCCCCGCUGGAGCUGCUGGAGCCCAAGCCCAAGCGGGGUCGACGCACCUGGCCGAGGAAGCGCACGGCCACGCACACCUGCACCUUCGCCGGCUGCGGGAAGACCUACACCAAAAGCUCCCACCUGAAGGCGCACCUGCGGACGCACACGGGUGAGAAACCGUACCACUGCAGCUGGGAAGGCUGCGGCUGGAAGUUCGCCCGCUCGGACGAGCUGACGCGUCACUUCCGCAAACACGGACACCGGCCGUUCCAGUGUCACCUGUGCGAGCGCGCCUUCUCCCGGUCUGACCACCUCGCACUGCACAUGAAGAGACACAUGUGAAGGACUGACUUAAGGGCGUGGGUGCUCCUUUGUUUUGAUGUCGUUUUUUUUUUUAAUUUAAAGUGUUCUCUACAUGUUUUUUUUUUUUUUACACAUAUAUAUGAAUAUAAGGUAACACUUUAGUAUGGGGAUUUGUCCAGGGUGUACCCCGCCUUCCGCCUGAUUGUAGCUGAGAUAGGCUCCAGCAACCCCCGCCACCCCGAAAGGGAUACGCGGUAGAAAAAAUGGAUGGAUGGAUGGCACUUUAGUAUGGGGAGCACAUUUUCACCAUUAAUUAGUUGCUUAUAAACAUGCAAAUUGGGGACAUAUUGGCUGUUAAUUAGUCAUUACAGUAAUAACAAUAAUAAUACAUUUUAUUUGUAAAAAAGCACUUUACGUUGAGCAAACAACCUCAAAGUGCCACAGUCUAAAAAAAUAGUAAUAAUAAUAAUAAAAAGAUAAUAAAAUAUAAAACUAGAAACAGCCCAAUAGCUAGAACCAGCAUGCAUGUCUAUAGAAAGGCUUUUUUUUUAUUUUAAAGAUGGGUUUUUAAGCCACAGUCUGUGGUGCCCUCAGGUGGUCAGGGAGAGCGUUCCUCAGACUGGGAGCAGCGAAGCAGAAAGCCCAGUCUCCCAUAGUUCGUAGCUUUGUCCGUGAAAGUUGGAGGAGGUUACUUAUUAAUAAAGUACUUAUUAAUGCCUUAAGCCAUUAACUAAGAGUCUCAAAAUUGUUGCUCAUUAGUAACCCUUAUAUACUCCCCUAGUGUCCAAAUAACUCUAAAUUACGUCUUUGUUACUUUAAUUAACCUCUUAAGGCCCAAGCUGUUUUUUUUUUUACAUGUUUCUCUUUACUAUUUGGACCCUAAUUAGAGUAAAAACUAAGAAUCAUCUUUCGAUAUGAUGUACUCAGUCCAUAAGUACACAAACGUGUACUUCAUGUUUAGUGACAUGCCAAUUCUUAUUUUUACACUUUUUUUUUCAAAUUCCAUUGUAUGUUGUACUCUUCUGACACCACCAGAUGGCAGUAUAAGUGUCCACAUAAGUGGCCAUAAGACCCCAAUUCAGUAGUGUUCACAAUUUUGGAAAUAAGAGCUAAAAUGGGCUGUCCACGCAUGUGGCCACUAAGGCCUUUAGAGGUUUUAAUAAGCAACUUACUCAGACCUACUUAGUGGUUAGAGUGUCCGCACUGACGUCGGUAGGUCGUGAAUUCGAACCCCGGCCGAGUCAUACCAAAGACUAUACAAAUAGGAGCCUUUAUCUCUCUGCUUGGCACUCAGCAUCAAGAGUUAGAAUUGGGGGUUAAAUGAUUCCCGGGCAUGGCCACCGCUGCUGCUCACUGCUCCCCUCACCUUCCAGGGGGUGAACAAGGGUAAUGGGUCUAAUGCGGAGGGUAAUUUCACCACACCUAGUGUGUGUGUGUGACUAUUAGUGGUACUUUCACUUAAUUAAUGGUGAAUAUGUUCCCCAUACCAAAGUGUUACCGACUAUAAUAUUAAUAAUGUAUCCAAUAAUGUAGCUGGUACUACUUUGGGUGAGAAAAGAUGCCAAAAGAAAAAAGAAAAAGGGGCUGGUCCUGUACAGAAUAUACAGGUGCUUCAGUUCAAUUGCUUUUAUAAGGGUCAUUUAUUUCAGUGGUUCAAUUCAAAAAGUAAAAAAAAAAAAAGUAUUUCUUCAUCAUUUUAAUAUUGCUGUUAUUUAAAAAUGUCUGAUGAGUGCGAACUAAAGAUUGACGCUCUCAUCAGAAAAAAAUAUAUAUAACUAUGUCCCGAGCUUUGACUCGUCAUCUGAAUUGGAACUUCUGGAAUCCGUGAAUCUAUUUUUUUUCUUUUCCCCUCGGCAUAUUGUAACUGAUUGCACCUGCACAUGUGAUGUACUCUCCUCCUCAUCCACGCAACUGGAACGCUGUGUUUGACACAGAAGUGCCUUUCUACGACUCUGCUACUGUUCACCGUGUCCCGCACGCCACUUAAGUAGACAAUCUUGUUGACAGGAAGUGCUAUUAAGACAAUGUUUUUGUUUAUUCCAAUCCAAAGAAAAACUGCCUCAAUGAAUGAACUGAGUGGCCUAAUUAUUAUUAUUUUUUUUUUUUUUGUGAUCCCACCCCCCUUGUGUACACUAUCAGGGCUUGACGUCCUGUGCAUUAUUUUAUACGUAAAUUUAUAUAAAUAUGUACAAUGGAUUUUAUACAGUGGAAUGUGUAUUUAUUGUAAAUAUUAAAACCUGAACGCAAACAUCA